GCAGCGCAUCUGGUCUAAGAUUUACGCAGCACGAUAUUUUGAUCUUGAGAACACAGUGUACGCACAGAAGUAUGUAAGAACAGAAAUGUAAAGAAAACUAAUGCUGCAUAUGGUCACUUACAAAAAUCAGCGCUGUUAAACACCUCGCAUCCGUGUCGUGCGUAUGGGUGCGUAAAUCUGUGCCAUGCAGGGGAACGGCAGCUCGUUGGCACCGGGUUUGGCGUCAUGCGGUCAGGCUCUAGAUGACGGUGAUGUCCUGUUCAACCGGAGCGCGGGAGCUCUCCACAAUCUCUCCCUCCGCUGCUGGCUACAGCUCCUCUCCAAAGAGUCCGCGCCGGAGCUCUACGGUGACAGUUCGAGCAUGGCAAUGCGCGUCGUGAUCGCGCUCGUCUACCUGCUCGUUUGCGCGCUGGGACUCGUCGGGAACCUUUUGGCACUUUACCUGCUGCAGUCCCGCCACAGACUCAAGCAGUCCUCCAUCAACUGCUUUGUUAUGAGCCUGGCCGUGACCGACUUACAGUUCGUCCUGACCCUGCCUUUCUGGGCCGUGGACACAGCUUUGGACUUCCGAUGGCCUUUUGGAAAGGUGAUGUGCAAGAUCAUAAGCUCGGUGACCACCAUGAACAUGUACGCCAGCGUUUUCUUCCUGACGGCCAUGAGCGUUGCGCGCUACUGUUCCCUGUCCUCCUCCCUGCGGAUGCAAAGUCCCAAGACGGCUUCGGCGGAGGUGAAAUGGGCCAGUUUGGGUAUCUGGGCCGUGUCCGUGGUGGCCACCAUUCCGCAUGCGGUCUACUCCACCACGGCGCAGAUAUCAGACGACGAGCUGUGCUUGGUGCGCUUUUCGGACUCGGGACGCUGGGACCCACAGCUGCUGUUGGGUCUUUAUCAGACCCAGAAGGUGCUUUUGGGGUUCGUAAUACCUCUCGUUAUCAUCUGCGUUUGUUACCUCCUCCUGUUGCGCUUCGUUCUGCGGCAGCGCGUCAGCGGCAUCCCCGGUUCGGACAGCGAGAGAGGUCGCCACAAGCGCCGCUCCAAAGUCACCAAAUCCGUCACCAUCGUGGUGCUGUCAUUCUUCUUGUGUUGGCUACCCAACCAAGCACUGACUCUUUGGGGAGUGCUAAUCAAAUUCGACCUGGUACCAUUCAGUAACGCGUUCUAUAACGCGCAAGCGUACGCGUUCCCCAUCACAGUGUGCCUCGCGCACACGAACAGCUGCCUGAACCCGGUGCUGUACUGCUUGAUUCGCCAGGAGUACAGAACUGGAAUUAAGGAACUUCUUUUCAGGGCCACUCCAUCUAUUCGCCAUCUGGCCAAGCUGGUGUACAGGGGCAAGAAGGUGGCUGAAGCACCACCCGGUGUGACCGUGGUGCAGAUGGAGAUUGGAAAUUGAAAAACUGACAAUAACUCCCGCAUUGAAACCAAUUCAUUCCUUCCUGCUGGACUAAAGUGCAAAAGAAAAUAAGAUUGAACUCUGUGGACCUUGGAUGGACAAAGACCAAAUAUAAACAGAUUUGCUGAGGAGAGACUUUUUUCUAAACUGUCCUUGAGCACUUUGAAGAGUUAGUGUCAGAUAUUCAUUUACUGUCCAUUAGCUUACAGCCUGACACAAACGCUGCCGGGUAUAUCAGCUGUACCAUAACACCGUCUGCUGGACUUUACAAGUGCCUGUUUUGAGGGCAAAAAAAACAUUUUCAUUGUGUUUUUCUCUCAUGCAUGUGAAUCUUGUGCUUACAUUUAACUUAAGUAUUUAAUUCACUGUAAAUACAAAUGGUUUCAAGCAAAUCAUCAUGUUGCCUCCGUGGCUUCAAGGACAUUUAGGGCAAAUGUGUUUCUUAUUAGAGGUAUUGUAUGAGGCUCACUGUAAAUGUAUGUUGCCAAAUAAUGUCACUGUUAUUUAACGAGAAAAGUAGUGGCUUCAAGGAAAAAACAGCAGAAGAAAAUGAAGCAUGUAAAUGCUUGAAUCCAUACAAAUGUUCUCAAUUGGAUUAAAAAUAAACGUUGUG